AUGAAUACGAUUGAUGCUCUGUUAUACACUAGGGUCUUAUUCCUGCUUGACUGGUUUGGAAUAUCUUGGUCCUUUUCUAGGCUCACCCAGGCUGAGCACCCCCAAUACCACAGCCCCCCAGACGUGGUGAUUCCUUUGAAGGUAACUGACACUACUGGAAAAAUGAGACCUCCAGGUUGGGUGUCUUAUAGCAUGAAUUUUGGGGGCCAGAGACACAUUGUUCACAUCAAGGCCAAGAAGCUGUUGCUGUACAAACACCUACCAGUGUUUACCUACACAGACCAAGGUGCUCUGCUGGAGGACCAUCCUUUUAUCCAGAAUGGCUGCUAUUAUCAUGGUUAUGUGGAGGGGGACCCAGAAUCCGUGGUUGCCCUCAGUAAUUGUUUUGGGGGCUUUCGAGGAAUGUUAGAGAUAAACAACAUUGCUUAUGAAAUCAUGCCCAUGAUGUUUUCUACCACAUUUGAACAUCUGGUUUACAAGAUGGACAAUGAGGAGACAGAAUCCCUAACACGAAGAUCGGGCUUUAUGAAAGAUAAAAUAACAUGCCAAAUAGAAUUUCAAGAGGUUAAUAAUUUCACUCUGAAGCAAAGUUCCUAUGAAGGCUGGUGGACCCAUUAUAGGAUUAUUGAAAUUGUAGGGGUGAUUGACAAUUAUCUAUACGUUCACUAUACAGGGAAUGUUUCAAAAAUUAUGAUGGAUCUGUUUAUUGUGUCAAAUAUAGUGGACUCCAUUUAUAGUGUUCUGGAUAUAAAGGUGUUAAUGUGUGGUUUGGAGUUGUGGACUAAUAAAAAUCCCAUUGUAGUAGAUGAUAUAAGAAAAUCUCUGGAUCUGUAUUGCAAGUGGAAAACUGAAAAUAUUCUUCCCCGGUUAAAGCAUGAUACCACACAUCUUUUUAUACACAGGCACUUAAGAGGAUUAAGUGGCCUUGGCUCAACUAAGGGAAUGUGUAAUCCACUUCGUAGCUGUGCAAUUGUUACUUUUAUAAACAGAACCUUGACCCUGUCUGCAAUUGCUAUGGCUCAUCAUUUAGGUCAUAAUUUGGGGAUGCCCCAUGAUGACCCUAGUACAUGUAAGUGCUUACCACGUAAAUGUAUAAUGCAUGAGGAUAACCCACCAACACCCAAAUUUAGCAAUUGCAGUUAUAGUUUUUUUUGGUGGUUUACCCUAGAAAGGGCACAAUGUUUGUUUGAGCAUCUAUAUACAAAGGAUAUCUUCUUCAGAAAACGCUGUGGGAAUGGUAUUGUUGAAGAUCAAGAGGAAUGUGACUGUGGACCUUUACGGCAUUGUGCAAAAGAUCCCUGCUGUAUGCCGAAUUGCACUCUGAGUUAUGGGUCAACUUGUGCCUUUGGGCUUUGUUGUAAAAACUGCCAGUACUUACCAUCAGGAGAAGUGUGUAGAAAAGAGGCUAAUAUAUGUGACCUUCCAGAGUGGUGCAAUGGAACUUCCCAUAAGUGCCCAGAUGAUGUAUUUGUGGAAAAUGGAAUUCCCUGUAAUACCUCAGCCUACUGCUAUGAAAGAGAAUGUAAUGACCGCACUGCACGAUGCAGGCAGAUUUUUGGCCGAGAAGCAAAAAGUGCAAAUGAGAUUUGCUACACACGAAUAAACACACAAGGUUCUCGUUUUGGCCACUGUGGUCUCAGAGGCUCUACAUAUGUAAAAUGUAAUGUCUCAGAUGUCUUGUGUGGGAGAAUUCAGUGUGAUGGUGUGAAAGAAGUUCCCUCACUGGAUCAGCAUACUACUGUGCAUUGGGCUCACUACAAUGAUGUAAACUGCUGGGGAACUGAUUACCAUCAUGGAAUGAAGAUUCCUGAUAUUGGUGAUGUGAAAGAUGGCACAGAGUGUGGUCAUGACCAUCUCUGCAUCCAUAGACAAUGUGUCCAUAUAUCCAUCUUGGACAGUAAUUGCUCACCUUCAUUCUGUAACAUGAGGGGCAUCUGCAACAAUAAACAUCACUGCCAUUGCAACUAUCUGUGGGACCCUCCCAACUGCGAGAUACAAGGCCAUGGAGGUAGUGUUGACAGUGGCCCACCUCCUAGAAGAAAGAGGACAACCAGAUUUUGUUUCCUGUGCCUAAUAUUAUUUAUUAUUUUGUGCAUUUUAAUACUUUGUUGUAUUUGGCUUUGUUUAAAGGGAAGAAAGAAAGAAGAGCCAGAAGUUGAUCAACAACCUAUGGAAGUAGGGAAAGGAUUACAGAGCCAACCUCCCUCGAUGGUUUCCCAGCGACCACAAUCAAUUCCAAGAGCCCCAUCCAGAAUUUCAAGAACCCCAUCUACAAUUCCAAGAGUCCCAUCCAGACCAGGUUCAAGAGUCCCAUCCAGACCAGUUUCAAGAGCCCCAUCCAAACCAACUUCUAUUAAAAGAUAA